AUGCAAGAGGCCGUCGCCUUCUCGGAUGUCCACACACAGUACGAGGUGUUCCAGUGUAUGGUCACGCUGGAUGAGCGCAUCUCGCUGAGGUGGGUCAUGCCCGGGCGGCCUGGCACACCGGAGAUUGGGGGCCCCGGGGCGUCGAAGUUCCGCGUGUGGGUGCGCCCUGUGAAUUCGUCGAAUUGUCAGAUCGAGGGUGCUGGGCAUUUGAUCCCACAGGAAGCACCACAGGAGCUUGCUCAAGAACUCUCAAGAUAUUUGUUGUACCUCUUCUCGACUCCGACGUCCUACCGGAAGGCUAAUCUAUAA